AUGGUUCAGAAUGGCAGCCAGCACGAGAAAAACACGCUCUGCAUCAGGCUGACCGAAUCCGUCGUCUUCCUCCGCACUUCUGAUCCGACUGGUCGAGACCGCAACCAGAACAAUGAAGCGCCUGCGAUGGUUCGCGGAUUACUCACCCUGAACAUCGUGAAACCCACUCGCAUCUCCAGCAUCGAGAGCGAACUGCAGGGGAAAGCUACUACUUCGUCUUUUGAAGGGGUUGGUGCACGCCGCAUAGAGGUGACAGAGCAGCAUAAAGUGUUUUCUGCAUCUAUCGUCUUCUUCAAAGCGGCAUCUUCGCCGUCUGCCCGACGUACUGCUUCAGUUGGCCCCGGUCUUCCAGACCCUGACUACGACCACGAUCAUGCCCAUGAAGUUCAUCACCCCGAAGAAAAUAGUUCCGUUUCUUCUCCACAACACGGGCCUUAUCCCAACGGCUUUCCAAGUCCAACAUUCUACACCAGGAGCGCUAGUAUGGAUCCGCGUCAACCACCUUCCUCGAUAAGUGGGCGUUCUUUCAGUGACAACACUAUUAUGCAACAUGACAUUCAUGUACCUCAGCACCAAGACACUAUCCAUCUUCCUCCUACUCCCCCUUAUAGCCCACCCUUCAACUGUCCUUCGUUUAUUGCAGAUCAUUGUCCCUCGCCCUCCGAGUCACAUUCGCACUCGGGCUCAAUUUCUCAUUCUCCUAAUCACCCCAAACCAGAAGACAGUCCAGCACAGACGCUUGAAGACCUUCGACGAGCGCUCAUGAAUAACAUAGAGGCAGGCCAACCGAGUCUAGGCCAUCGUAGCUCAUUCCAUGCGCCCACUGUUGGUUCUUCUGCGUCAAGCAUAUACUCACACCGCGAUAUCACCCUCUCCCGUCGACCAAGUAUCGAAGACAUCUCUGAAAACGAGCAGUUGUCUGCACAGUCAUCCCGAUUCAGUUCCCGCACGCGUACAUCUCCUGCAGAGACGCAAAAUCCAGUGCAGAGUCCAAGCGUCGUCUCAAAUACUGCAGCACACGAGGAUCGUGGGAGAAAACACGCCCGGUUUUCGUUUCACACUGUUGCCAAUGUGAUCGACACAAUGGUUGAGCGUGUGAGGUCGCGUUCCCCACGUGCUGAAUCACACAGAAGAAGCAAGAGUAUAAAUCGUGAGGACGAACGAGGGAGGACGUUGGAUAGGGGAAAGGGGAAGUUGCCAGAGCUGUCCUCACAUGAAAAUGAUAAACAUAAGCAUCAUUCUACUUUGGGAAAAGUAGGAGAACUCUUAGGGCUGGAAGAAGAGCAUAAAGAGGUGGGGGAAGGUUGGAAGGAAUUCAAGAAAGGAACAUAUACCUAUCCCAUCUCAUUUACUAUACCAAACAACUCCCCUCCCACCAUUGAGUGCGAUUACGGAUCUAUGAUCUGGAGACUCAAGGCCGAAGUACAUCGACCUGGUGCGUUCACACCAAAGCUGACUGCACAACGCGAAGUCCUUGUGGUUGCAGCUCCUUGUGAAGACGAUACCGAGGAUUCGGAAAACACCAUCAUCGAACGUCAGUGGGAGUCACAGCUGCAGUAUAUGAUAGCAAUAUCGGGACGCAGAUUUCCCACUGGCGGCACCAUACCCAUGGAUCUCACGAUAAUUCCUUUCACGAAAGCCAAGGUGCAUCGGAUAUCUGUCCACAUCGAUGAACGAAUUGAGUAUCACACAGCAACGAGGCGGCUCGUGCGCUCACAACUUGGACACCGAAUACCUUUGCUUUUGCUCGAAAACGAGGUCAAGGGCGAGAGUCACCCGUUACUCCCUCUCAUCUCCGACGACCCGGAGGCAUUCCGAAAGUCACCUCUUUACCAACUCCUAAGUGCUCAUGACGACGAGAACGAGAUGGCCGUAGCUGUCAUGGGCCCAGGGCCAUGGACAUUCCACAGCGAAAUGCAGCUUCCUCAACACUGCUCCCUCAUUCAUUUCUCCAAUCGAAACAAGAAGAGCAACAUCACUAUCAGCCACACACUCAAGAUUGCCAUUCGCGUCGAACGUGGCGAUGACGAAGCGACCGACCCGCAAACAAAGAAGGCGAAAUUAUUUGACAUUCUCGUCCAAAUGCCUAUACGCAUCUUAUCCUGUCACUGUACCCCAGCGUGGACAUCUCUACCUAGGUACUACGAGGUGCUAGAACGUGACUUUGACAACAAACGUGUAUCCUGUCCAUGCGACCUCAGGGCCGCACACACCUCACACAGCGGUCCGAAUGAUAGCGAACUGCACAUGCCCGUCUCAUUGAACCGCGUAGGCUCGAUCGACUCCACCGUGUCGUCGUCUGCGGAGAAUCACUCGCCGGCGGGGCACAGCGGGACGCUCGUGCAAACACUUGUGGGGCGGAGCACGCAGUAUGAACGGCUAAUGUCGGGAAUGGAGAGUGAGGCGGGCGAAGCGCCUCCGGCGUAUGAGAGUAUUGGUAAUGCAUUUCGGUCUCAAAGGGGGCGUUUCUAUCAUGCUUGA